UAUUAUUACAAUAAAUAUCAAGGUGUAUACGCAUAAAAAAAACAUAAAACGUUUUCUAAUUAAUAUUUUUGUACAUUUUUUCUUCGGUCUAGCAAUAUAGCAAGUAGAGACCAUCCAGUAUCACUCCCCGAGGUCCAGACUCCACAUUGCCACAGUCGUCAUUCGGUACUAUGCCUAUUACCUAUAUAAUAUAGUCCGUGGGAGCUGUGCAUCAAAAUUCGACAUCAGUAAUAUAGGAAUUAUAUAAUUUACUAGUCACUGUACUGAAUUGAAUUCAACCACAAUAAAUACAAAAUAGGUAAAAAAAAUGGACACCUUACAGACUUCAUCAUGUGAAAGUGAUCCAAAGCAAGUUCUGACAUCCAAAGAAUGUGAACCAACAAAUUUUAAAAAUAACGCUCACUCAGUCAGAAUACUAGAAGAUUUACAAUCUCUGCGCAAAAACGAAGUCUUAUGUGAUAGUAGAUUUGAAACUGAUGAUGGAUGUGCAACGUUUGGUCAUAAAAAUGUUUUAAUGGCAGCUAGUCCAUAUUUCCGUGCAUUGUUCAAAUCUCGAAAAAUUUGUAAAACCGGCAACAACACCGUUAAUAUAAAAAAAUUAGAUUCUACAGUUUUACAACUAUUAUUGGACUAUAUUUAUACUGGCGAAAUUAUAGUCACAAAAGAAAAUGUACAGGGUUUAUUACCAGCUUCAAACCUCUUACAGCUAGAGUUCGUAAAUGGUGCAUGUAUUGAGUUUUUACAAAAACAGUUGGAUGCGUCAAACUGUCUUGGUAUCAGAGUGUUCGCUCGUUUACAUAACUGUACGGAAUUAUUAGCGAGUUCUGAAACAUUAAUAAAAAAACAGUUUCUGGAAGUGGUUAAAAGUGAUGAGUUUCUAUCAUUAUCUUUCGAAGAUGUUGUUAAGAUUAUCUCAUGUAAUGACCUUGCUGUUCCAUAUGAAGAAAAAUACACUAAUGGGUGGUUUAACAAAUAAAUAUUACACACGUGUGCAACGGUCAACGCAAAUCACAUUUAUAUAGCUUCCGAUAGCAGUAAAAUUCGACAAGCAGCAAUCAAGAAGGUAUGUAGACACACUAUCGAUAACCAUUGUAUUCUACUUAUACAACACUAUGGAAUAAACAACACAAAUUUGUAUGGUGUUCUAGACGUAUAUUCAUUUAUCGUAAAACCGUAACGUCGACUGGCUUGUGUGUGCCGAUCGGCGUCGUACGCGGUGGACAGUCCCCACCGCGUAUAUUAUUAUCAUUUAUGUCAAUAAAGGAGAUAAUUAUUAUAAUGACUGUGCUGUAUCGAUGUACGAUAUACAACACCUCUCCCCUAACUUUAAAUAAUUUGAUUAGCUUUUGAUUUUAUAUAACCGUGCUUAUUCUACUUAUUGACUAAAACUUACAUCUAAUUUUACAUUUUUUUUUUGUGUAUAACAUCUAUAUAUACCAUAUAGUCUAUGUCGUGUAUACCAUAUUUUACAUGCUAAUUUAUCUAUGUUAUGAAAAAAAAAGUAUACAUGCAUAUAAACAUGUAGCGUCGAUUUUAUUUCCUAAAAUCUACUGUUGUAUAGCGGUCGGGCGAUCUUUUCAUUCUAGUCGGGCGAGAACGUCCGGUUGAGAUUGUCUCGGGUUCCCUGUCUGGCCCGUCUGUAUCCUUCCCGGUCCCCUCUGGAACUAUUUUCCCCCUUGGGUCGGGUGGGUUCACGCUAC